AUGCCUCCGCCAGCCGAGCGGUAUGCAACAGUCGACAAAGAUGACGCUGAUUUGUACACCGCCAAGAACAAUGUCGAUUUCUCUUUGGGUGAGUCGUACUUGGAGGAUUUCAUGAAUGAGAGUUUUUCGAUGUCGACCUUGAAAUUUUCAGCGGACUUGGCUUCCAACAUGGUAUGGGAAUCUGUGCAGCAAUGCCAGGACGAUUGGGCCAAACUCGACAUGGCGUCUACCAUGUCUUUACUGCCGCGGAAAUUUCACGUCUUGCACCGGAAGCCCCCCGACUCUUGCUCCAUGCUCGUCCUGCACACCCAAGAAUACGCCGUGCUCGGCUUGGAGCUGCGCUUUGCGAAGCGAGGGGAUCUCUGGGAGGCUGUUUUCGCCAAGAAGAACGGCAAUGUUUGCCCACUUGUGCGUGCCAUUUUCGAUGAGGCUUGGUUGGUUCGGCCGAUUCGUGUGCUGCCGCCCUCGGACCCUAGCCCGCAGGGGCCCUCCUUCCAUGCCUUUCGGAUGAUGCUGGAUCCGAAGGAGAACGCCACGCCCUUGCUUCAGGCCGCUGCCAAGGAUGCCUUCAGAGGUAUGAACAACGAGCACAUGGUCGACCUGAUCCGGGAAAUGAAAGUUCCUUAUGAGGGUCGAAGGCCGACUCUGGAGAUUGAUCUUGUGAGGUUGCUGAUAUCGUGGCGGUUUCCCGCCAUGGAGGAACGCGAGAUGGCGGAUAUCGUCAAGAAGCGGACGACGAAAGCCACGCCAGUCUUCACGACUGCCAUGACACCCGAGAACUGCAAGGUUGUAGGCGAGGAGGGUAGUGACAUGAUGCAGGACAGGGAAGGUCAGACGAUGAAGGAGCGCGCCGCCAAGUAUGUUAACCGCAUUCUUGGAGAAGCGCAGGGUCUUGCACCUGCCGGCGCAUCGCCUGUCGGCGGUUCGUCGGCAAGCUCGUCGGCUGGGGGUGGGGGGGCAGGGGUUCCUCCAGGUGCCCUUCCUCUUCCGCUUCCAGCAGGGGCCCCGCCUCCCCCGUCGUGGCGUGAUUUGCCGUCUUUGCCUGACGGUGCACUGACUCAAGAACAGGCCAAGGCGCACCUCCCUAGGGCCAAGGGGUGCACCAUUGCAGUCAACAAGGCCACGAGCUGGGAGGUUAAAUAUCCUCGCGAGUCCUUCCCCAGAUCACAUAGUUCGGCGUUUGUUCCUGGGGACUUGGCGAGCUCCGCUGAAUCUUUGCGAGUUUGUCUUCUGUGGGCGUGGAGGUGCCAUAAAGAGAAGCACCCCGCAGAUGUGUGCCCUUGGAAUCUAGGUGCGCUGGUGUAG